AAGAGAGGGAGCUGCAACAACUUGUCUCCAUGUCAUCUCUACCCUUAUAGUCUAACUCUUUUUUCUUUUCGAUCAAUCUGUGGAAAUUUGAUACCUUCAAUCACAACACUCCAAUGACACCUGUGGCUCAGCUUCUUACUCUCAGAACGAACGAGAAUGUCUAGUUAUUAUUUUUGCGACUCCGGAAAGAUUGAGAGCUCACUUUCCCGUGACCUCUCAUCUGUGUCUCGAUCCCCAGCUGCUCCUUCCCCUUCGCCUUCUCGCUCACCAAGAAUGUUGACACCGCCGUCUCCAACCCAGCAGCAAUACAACACAUCGCGCUCUCCCAUCCAACAACAACGGAGCGUACUCAUCACUAUGGGCUCAUGUACUUGGGAGGGCAAGAAUGGUUGGAAGUGCCAGUGUAGUUCUGGAUCCAGCAUCUCUGAUUUGGAUGCCACUCGGGCAUCCUGUGAGAACUGCAUGCAUCCAAUGCAUCUGCAUCUUAACUUUCCCACCCAUGACGUUACUAGGUCGGAUUUCCCUCCAUCCAGAAUUGUCCAUCCUUAUGAAAUACCUUCUUACAUCAUUUCGCGACGGAAACUAGUGAAUGAGCUUAUCGCCCGAGUCAAUCACUAUCACAUCAUUCGAGUGAACGGUACGCCGGCGUCAGGUAAAACUGUUUUGAUGAAUCUCGUGGCCAAUACAUUACUCGAAAGGUAUGGUCAAGCGACGCCUAUCUAUUCUGUUUCAGGAUGGGAUGAGAAAAUCAGUAAGAGUGGCUGGGCCGCGUAUUUGCAGCAGGAGACCGGCGUUCACGGCCGCAGCUGGAUCACCCAUUCGGCUUAUCUGCUUCUGGAUGAAGCGCAGCAGUCAUUCUGGGAUCAUGGACUCUGGACAGACUUCUUCAAACGUAUCGAGCCUGGUACUAGCCCGUUCAUAAUUCUGUUUAUGUCAUACGGCUCACCAAAUAGGGGCUUCCCGGGCUUUAACGAGCAAAAGCAUGUGCAAACUCCGAUGGUCUUUGCCACCGAACAGCAAAUCUCCUUACAACCAGAAAAAUGUAUUGAAACUCAUAGUCUGGGUCGACUGCCUUGGAGACCCGUUGGUCUCCUGCUUGACGAGGAUGAGGCUAUAGAGGUGGUGGGCCGUUACGCAUCCUUUAUCAUACGCCCAUCUAUAGCUCUAACGCCGGGCCUGAAACGAGGAUUCUUUGCAUGUAGCAAUGGACAUGUAGGGCUACUAACGAGCCUCACUCGUGUUCUACAGGACGUACCGGCGCUUUAUGAGCUCGUGCGGAAUCAUGACGCGAUCAGUUGGGCCACAGCAAGCAGUAUUCUUUUCCGUCAACCCCUAAAAUUUUUCGAAUGCAUUAAAGGUUAUCCGUUUACCCGAGGCCUACCUCCAUCGGAAAUAUUACAAGAUCAUUAUGCGGCCACGGUUUUCAAGGCAGCUAUUGCGUGUGAUGGUAUUUACCAAUCUAAGUUUGAGGCCAAGAGCGAAGAAUUAAAACAAGCUCUCAACAUGAUAUGGCGUAGUGGGUGGCUUCAUGCUGAGAGGUCGGAUAAUGAUAUACGAUAUGUGUUUGCAAGCCAGAUUCACAGGUGGUUCUGCCAUUCCCUUUUCGCCACUCUGGUCCCCGACAACAACCUCAACUAUGCCUCACCCCUCCAACUAGCGAUCGAUACUAUCACUCAUUUCCAACCGUGUCAGCUGGCCAACGCCCCUCGUUCCAUGGCGGUGGCGGGCAAUUUACCGCCUCUUGAGGAUCAGUACCAGAAGGAGUUCUAUCGCUGCCUUUUCCCUAUAUUGGAUGGGCACUUAAUAAUGUCACCCGAGUUUAUAAUCAAAACGGGGCCUAAGGGUGGCACGAUUGACUUCCUUGUUACUGGGAAGAAGUGGGGGUUAGAGCUUCUGAGAGAACGUGAUCGGCUCGUGGAACAUAUGAAAAGGUUUGAAGCAGGUGGUCAAUAUUACAGCAUGAUGCAAACUGGAGAAAUGGAACAAUAUAUUGUUCUUGACUUUACAAAUACGGCACCAAAGAAACCUCAUCCAGAGUAUAAGGGGAAACUCUACCACGUUGUUUUUUCUGAGAACUACCGAGAAGUUGAUGUGAUUGAUACCUCGGAUCUAAGCGUCGUCAAGUCUUUCGUGUUGAUGGAGCAUGCAAAUCCAAUAGAUAAUAGAGGUUGACCGUCUAUCAAUUCAACCUGUGAUUGCAUCCAGUUGAUUUCCGUUAUCCCGAUACUGCCGGUUUGCGCUACCUUCGGGCUACGUUGCCUUCGUCCACCAACUUUAGGAAGAUAGAACAUUGUUUAUCUACCAUCUUCGUCACCAUCAUA